AAAAAUAAAAAGACCCUCUCUGAAAAUGAAAGCGUUAACCCAAAAACCCCAAAUUUGAAAAAUCUCAGUGACACUGUUACAGAAGAGAGCAGGGAAAAGAGAGAAGAGGGAAAACAAUGUCGGGCUUCCAAUUCGGAUCCUCCUCCGCUGCUUCUUCUCAGUCCACUACACCUUUCUCAUUCACCAACCCUCCUGCCUCUUUCCCCGCCACCUCAACCGGGUUCUCACUCGGGUCCUCCGCUUCCCCAUUCGAAUCCACUACCGCACACGCCGUCACCUCCACCUCUGGGUUCUCGUUCGGAUCCUCCUUCAGUGCCUCCACUUCCUCAAACCCUUCCUCCUCCUCAUCUACCUACCCCUUCUCCCUCGACACCACCUCCUCCCCCUCCGCCCCCGCUCCCGCCCCCGCUUUUGGGUCCUCUAACCCUAGCUCCUGCCCGGCCCCUUCUUUCGGAUUCGGAUCCGGAGCCUCCACCGCCACCACAGCCUCCUCUGCUGCGGCCCCUUCUUUUGGAUUCGGGUCCUCAGCAGCAACCUCGGCUCCAUCAUCCCUGUUUGGCUCCUCGGCUUCAACUCCGCUGUUUGGUUCAUCUCCAUCCCAACCCCUGUUUGGCUCAUCCUCAUCGGCGCCAACGCCCGCUUCCGCUUCUACUUUAUUCGGAGCACCGUCGUCCACCGCUUCGUCCUUGUUCGGAGCAACUGUAUCGGCAGCCAGUUCACCCCUGAUUGGCUCCGCUUCCGCUUCUGCUUCAUCUCUGUUUAGCUCAACUUCCUUCACACACAGCGCACCCUCUUCCCUGUUUGGCUCAUCUUCCACAGUUUCUUCAACACCCUUGUUCAGCUCUGCUUUGUCGUCUUCAGCUUCAACCACACCCUCAUUCCCAAGCUUCUCGAGUUCCUCUUCAGCCUUCUCGUUCCCAACAGCCUCACCUCUUUCAAAGCCACCAACAACCUCCACAUCCACCACUGUUACUUCAUCAGCAACGGCUUCAACCGCUCCAAGCUUCUCGUUCGCACCACCCACUUCCUCUGCUUCACAACCGUCU